UUUGGAAAACGUUAUCGACGAGGAUGGGAUUCGAACCCACGCGUGCAGAGCACAAUGGAUUAGCAGUCCAUCGCCUUAACCACUCGGCCACCUCGUCAAAGUUGCUAGCAAGUACCUUAGUGUUAAAUCUCAGAGUCGAGAUGGUGGAUUCUCAGUACUACCUCCCAAAUGACAUUGGUAUCUCUGCACUUGACUGCGGCGAGGCCUUUCGUCUGCUAUCACCUCAGGAGAAGAUGUAUGCCCACUACCUGUCACGUGCCUCUUGGUAUGGAGGUCUGGCAGUGCUGCUGCAGACAUCCCCAGAGUCUGCAAGCAUCUUUGUCCUGCUGCAGAGAAUGUUCAGGAAGCAGACUCCAGCCCAGCUGGAACAGGCUGCUACAGCAGUAGGACUCAGCUCUGAGGAGUACCAGGCCUUCUUGGUGUAUGCAGCAGGUCUGUAUGCCAACAUGGGCAACUACAAAUCCUUUGGAGACACCAAAUUCAUUCCAAAUCUACCAAAGGACAAGCUGGAAGCUCUGGUGAGGGCCGGCCAGGCGUUUCAAGAGCAGCCUACAGAGAUGGAAACUCUGUGGAACAGCUGCUCACAUCUCAUCUACUCUCUGGAAGAUAGACAGAAACAGCUGGGGCUGGGCAGCAAGGGAAUUACAACUUAUUUCUCAGGAAACUGCUGUCUGGAGGAUGCUGAGCUGGCUCAGAGGUUCCUUGACUCAAAAAAACUUUCUGCCUACAACACACGUCUCUUCAAGAGGGAAAAUGGAGGGAAAGCCUGCUAUGAGGUGCGAUUGGCUUCAGCUGUGCAGAAAGACUGCGCAGUAGAUGGGGAGUGUGAGUCCUGCUGUGGCAGCUUCAGCUUUGAAGACAAAGAGUUCAUUGUGAAGAGGGGAGACUAUAGUCCUCUCAUGGAGAAAGUCUGCUAUCAUCUCCAACAAGCACAGGGUUAUGCUGCUAAUGAGAACCAGAGGAAGAUGCUUGAAGAGUACAGACGCAGUUUCAGCCUUGGUUCGGUUGAAGCCCACAAAGAGGGCUCACGGUACUGGAUCAAAGACAAGGGACCAAUUGUUGAGAGUUAUAUUGGUUUCAUAGAGAGCUACAGAGACCCAUUUGGCUCCAGAGGAGAGUUUGAAGGCUUUGUUGCGGUUGUGAACAAGGCGAUGAGCGAGCGUUUUACCAAGCUGGUGAGUUCAGCAGAAGUGUUGCUUCCUGAGCUGCCUUGGCCCCGGGAGUUUGAGAAAGACACGUUCCUUAAACCAGACUUCACCUCCCUGGAUGUCCUCACCUUCGCUGGGAGUGGAAUACCAGCUGGCAUCAACAUCCCCAACUAUGAUGACAUCAGACAGUCAGAAGGCUUUAAAAAUGUGUCGCUAGGCAACGUGCUGGCUGUAGCCUAUGCUACACAGAAAGAAAAACUCACCUUCCUCCAAGAAGAAGACAAGGAUUUGUUUAUCAAAUGGAAGGGUCCAUCCUUCGAGGUGCAGGUUGGACUUCAUGAGCUGUUGGGCCAUGGUAGUGGCAAGCUGUUUGUCCAGGACGACAUGGGCAAGUUUAACUUUGAUCAGAGUAAGGUGGUCAACCCAGAGACCGGGGAAGUGGUGUCCAGUUGGUAUCGGGGCAGUGAGACGUGGGACAGUAAAUUCUCCACCAUUGCUUCUUCUUAUGAGGAAUGCCGAGCUGAAUGUGUUGGACUCUAUCUGUGUCUAAACAAGCAAGUGCUCAGUAUUUUUGGCCAUGAAGGACAGGAUGCAGAGGAUGUGGUGUACAUUAACUGGCUGAGCAUGGUCAGAGCAGGCCUGUUGGGCCUGGAGUUCUACACGCCUGAGAGCAAGAGCUGGAGACAGGCUCACAUGCAGGCUCGUUUCGUGAUUCUGCGUGUUCUGCUGGAGGCUGGGGAGGGGCUGGUGGGCCUGGAGGAAGUAACCGGGCAGGACGGCAAGCCUGACGCACGAAUCGUACUGGACCGGAGCAAGAUCCACACUGUGGGGAAGAACGCCAUCCACAGGUUCCUCUGUAAACUGCAGGUCUUUAAGUCUACAGCUGAUGUGGAAGGAGGCAGGGCUCUUUAUGAAGGCUACUCCACCGUUAGCGACAGCGGAGCUCACAACUUCUUGCGUCUACGAGAGACGGUGCUGCUGAGAAAGGAGGCUCGCAAGAUGUUUGUUCAGGCCAACACCAGAGUGACUGGGGAGAACAUAGAGCUGGUGGAAUAUGAAAGCAGCGCUGCAGGUUUGAUUCGCUCCUUCGUCGAGCGCUUUCAAGACGACGCAGACCAGCUGGAGGACAACCUCUUGGAUCUGAGCAAAAGAGACUCAUCCUGCUGGUGUUGAUGAUGAAUGUUCUGCUCCUUCAAAAAUACCAACUGCUAAGUUCAGUCCUUUUUUCUUUUCCUUUUGUACGUAAUAAACCGUAAUAAAUAAAAUCUCAGUUCAAACUUUAAAGAUAAAGCCAUAAAACUGCCAGCUGCUUUUUGUUUUUUCAGCAAAAUAAUUUGAAUCUUCAGGUAUGCUGGUUCAGAGUCAGGUCCAUCUCUGAAAACUGAUUCAAACACAAAUAAAUGAGCUGAUUAAUACCAUUAUCUCUGUUUAAGCUAGACGAAGGAACCAUAUUUUCUAAUUAUAAACAGUAGUCAAGCCCAAUGCAUCUUGACAAUGAAUAAUAAUUCCUGGGUAUAAAUAGGAAAAUUACACAAAUCUUCACUAGACUGUUAGUACUGUGACAUGAUCUAUUUGUUCUCAAGAUGAUGUACCUGGAUUUAUUUCUACUGUUAAUUUUGCUGCUUAAAAUUAAAAGUGAAAUGCUUGUGCUGCCUAUGUAUUGAUGAUUUCACAGACUGUCAUAUGACUGCACUGGCUGUAAGUAAAUCUUUACACAUUUUUUUUCUGUUUUUUAAUGGCAGAUUUGGUAUAAAGAAGUAAUGGAGUACUUCUAUUGCAGUGUAAACUCUCAGUAAGAAAUGUGCUGGUUAAGCAACACCAAUAAAACGUUUCAUAAGA